CGAACCCUCGUACAUGCUCCCCAAUCACCGGCCACCGCAGCCCUCCGCGGCUUACCUCUGGGUUUCUUCUAUAUCUUGCGGGGAAACCACUCCGGCCCAGAUGAGCGACUCGGCAACCACCGUUGUCGGAGGGUCCGGCUCCUCCACCGCCGAGUCGCCGGUCCGCAAGAUGGUGGCCUGCGAGGCCUGCCGCAAGCAAAAGGUAGGCCGCCAAGCACACACCAGCUGCUAUUUGUCAUCGUCAUCAUGAUUACUGACAGUGCUGAUGUGGUUCUUGGCGGUUCUUUAUUUGUGUUUUUAGAUCAAAUGUGACAUGAUCGAUGCCAAGCCCCCUUGUGGGCGGUGCCGGAAAAAGCGUCUACCCUGCGCCGUCAGCAGGAACCUGCAAGUGCACAUGGAAUAUGACACCUUAUGGAAGCAGGAAAUCGAGCACAGGAUUCGGCAGCUCGAGGCCAAGCUGGCGGAGGCAUCGUCUGCGACUGCACCCGGCCAGGAAGGACAGGUGUUGAUGCCGCAAGCAGCAGCCAGUAAUCUCACUAACAUCAGUAAUGCCGUAUCAUCAUCAUCAUCGCCGCCUGCUGCUUUGCGUCACAAUACUGCUGGCUCCGUGCCCGUGAGUUCUGCGACUGGCUUGAGCCUCGUCGUCGACCUCGAGUCGAGCCCAGGGAGCCUGCCGGGCCUCCGUCUGCAUUCCAACACUCAGGCACGCCCAGCAGCGCCGCCACAGGCAGACUUUGUGUCUCGCGGGGUGGUCUCGCUGGAGAACGCCGUCAAGUACCAGGCCGUCUACCAGGAGCGCCUCGACCACUUCCUAUACGGCGUGCUGGGAGACCGCAGCGGCUACACGUUUGAGCAGCUGCACCGCCAGUCGCCCAUCCUCAGCACGGCUGUCUGCGCCGUGGGCGCCCUGCACGCCGCCUCGGCCGACUACGAGCCGCUGCGCCUCGAGUUUGCGGCGCUGGCGACGGCGGCGAGCCUGUCGCGCAAGAACGACGCCGACCACGUGCGGGCGCUGUGCAUCGGGGCCUUCUGGAUGAGCGACCUCUCGUCGGCGCUGAGCUCCCUCGCCGUCCGCAUCGCCACGGAGCUGCAGCUGCACCGCAGCUUCGCGAGGGCCAUCCAGGGCGACUACCAGAGCUACCUGCACGCCCGGCUCUACUACCUCGUGUACGCCUGCGACCACCACCUCUCGAUCCCCCACGGCCGGCCCCCGCUCACCCGCGAGUGCGAGGCCAUCAAGAACGUCCGCCGCUUCCUCUCGCAGUGCCCCCUGGCCAGCCGCAACGCCGACGACAGGCGGCUCGUCAGCCACGUGCUCCGCUGGACCGUCUGGACCGAGACCUUUGACCUGUUUGGCCAGAACGUCGAUGUCGCCCUCACCGACGCCCAGAUCCAGACCGCCAAGCGGCUCGGCCACGCGCUUGACACGAUCCGGAUAGAGCUAGGAGAGACGCAUGGGCCCGACGACCACGUGGGCAACUACCCCCGCAAGGGCGCCAUCAUGCAGUACCACUUUGCCAAGCUCUUUCUCUGCUCCCAUGCCUUUCGCAGCCACGAGAGCGGCGGCUGUGGCGGUCCCCAGCAGCAGCAGCAGUCGGGCACGGGUAGUGGUUACAGUAACAGCAACGGCAACAGCAACAGUAGCGACGUGCAAGUCGACGUCUACGAGCUGGCCAGCUCGGCCGUCCUGGCCGCGUCGUGCAUCCUGCGCACCCUCACCUCGGACCCGGAGGUGCAGUCCUUCCUCAACGGCCUGCCGACCUACUUCCACGUCAUGAUUGCCUUUGCCGUCGUCUUCCUUCUCAAGGUGUCGUCGUCAUCGUCGCCGGUGGGGACGGAGACGGCGCGGCACGCCGGCUUCUGCAAAGUGGACGCGGAAGAGGUCCAGGCGCUGCUGGGCAGGACGAUUGCCGUGCUUCAGGAGGUCGUCCGGACAAUGCACCCGCAGCACCUGCUCGUCUCAAUCACUGAGGGCGCCACGGAUGCGGUGCAGCGCAUCUCGCGAGUGUCAAGAGGCGGAGGGGAACAGGGCGGUGGUGGUCGUCGUUGGAGCAGUAGUCCUGCAGCUGCCGCCGCUGAGGCCCAGCAGCACGACAGCAUCAACGUGAUGACUGACUCUCUCCCAAACGACGAAAUGUUUGACGAGUUUUUCAACUCUUAUGACUUCCUGGUAGACCAUAGCUAGAUGUAGCUGGUUGAGAUCUCAAGCAUUGCAUCAUCUGUGACGAAAUAAAAUGGUAUUUUGCAGCUGCU